AGGCGGCUCGCCCGCGGUGGGCGCUCCCGGGGUCCGGCGCAGAGCGCGGCGCAGAGGCCGCUGUCGGGCCGGCCAUGGCGAGGGGUGCCCGGCGGCCACCUGAGCGGCGCCGCGGUGUCAGGUUCUUGAUCAAGUACCAACUCUAUGGAUCCAGGACAGAGCAAGCAAAGAAGAUGUAUCAAUUGAAGAGCCAUCUGACUGUGUGCUUUCUACCUUCUGUGCCCUUCUUAAUCCUCGUAUCCACUCUAGCCACUGCGAAGAGUGUGACUAACAGCACUUUAAAUGGCACUAACGUGGUCUUGGGCUCUGUGCCUGUAAUCAUUGCCAGAACUGACCAUAUCAUAGUCAAGGAAGGGAACAGUGCCUUGAUUAAUUGUAGUGUGCAUGGCGUCCCUGCCCCACAGUUCAAGUGGUAUAAUUCCAUUGGCAAGCUGCUGAAGGAAGAAGAGGAUGAGAAGGAGAGAGGCGGAGAAAAAUGGCAAAUGCACGAUAGCGGCCUCCUGAACAUCACCAAGGUAUCCUUCUCAGACCGAGGUAAAUAUACGUGUGUGGCUUCGAACGUCUACGGCACAGUGAACAACACGGUGACCCUGCGCGUCAUCUUCACCUCCGGAGACAUGGGCGUCUACUACAUGGUCGUGUGUCUGGUGGCCUUCACCAUCGUCCUGGUCCUCAACAUCACUCGCCUGUGCAUGAUGAGCAGCCACCUGAAGAAGACCGAGAAGGCCAUCAAUGAGUUCUUUAGGACAGAAGGUGCAGAGAAGCUGCAGAAGGCGUUCGAGAUCGCCAAGCGCAUCCCCAUCAUCACCUCCGCCAAAACUCUCGAGCUUGCCAAAGUCACCCAGUUCAAAACCAUGGAGUUCGCCCGCUACAUCGAAGAGCUUGCCAGGAGUGUGCCUCUGCCACCUCUCAUCAUGAACUGCAGGACGAUCAUGGAGGAGAUUAUGGAGGUGGUUGGGCUGGAGGAGCAGGGGCAGAAUUUUGUGAGGCAUACUCCAGAGGGCCAGGAGGCCGCAGACAGGGAUGAGGUCUACACAAUCCCCAACUCUCUGAAGCGGAGCGACUCCCCUGCUGCCGACUCGGACGCCUCCUCACUGCACGAGCAACCUCAGCAAAUUGCCAUCAAGGUGUCGGUUCACCCGCAGUCCAAAAAAGAGCAUGCAGACGACCAAGAGGGUAGACAGUUUGAAGUCAAAGAUGUAGAGGAGACAGAACUGUCGGCUGAACAUUCCCCUGAAACUGCAGAGCCUUCUACCGAUGUCACGUCCACCGAGCUAACGUCGGAAGAGCCCACACCUGUUGAGAUAUCAGAUAAGGGACUGCCGCCAGCUUACCUGGAAGCCACGGAGCCAGCAGUGACACAUGACAAAAACACCUGCAUUAUUUACGAAAGCCAUGUCUAAUACCAACCCCGAAAAGCUAUGCAUAUCCAGAAAAUCAGGGGCUGCUCCUUGUAAUACAGAUGUAGUUCGCACUUGCCGCUAAGCCUUACCAGAAGACUCUCAUCCCUUAGCUAGGAGUGACGCCACUUUGAAAGGGGAAGCACCUGCCUGCCAUGAAUGGGACUGGCAUUUCCCCAGUAGAAAAGGAUGCAAGAAACAUCAGGGUGCAGAACUGAUAUCAGACAGAAGGUGUCUGUGUGAUAGGAGUUUCAGAGGCUGAUCUCUGCCAAAUACCUUAAUUGGUGAUGCCUUCUUGGCAAAGAGUCCACCACUGUAAGAUAUUCUGAGUUCAAGAGCCCUGUCCGAUGCACACUGCGUUGCUUUUCCUUUUAAAAAGUAUAGGUCUGCUACAAUAGCAAAUGCACGUACGUGGGUUUUUUGCACUUUCUUCUCAGUUUUAUUUCCUUUGGCUGUUCCUUUUUAAUGGAGUCCUUGUGAUUGAUACUAAUUGCUCUUUCUGGGUUAGUCCUCGUUGCCAUUUUUGUCCUUAUUUUUCCCUAGAACACGUACCUCAGAGACUUUGGUGUCAGUCACCAGUACCAGGGCUGAUAUCUACAAGUCACAUUAUUAAUCAUUUGUUAUGUUCCAAAGUAGUUAGGAGGCUUUUUUUUUUCCAUUCCCCAGGCCUAUUUUCAUAGAUUGCUUUUUUUGUUCAUUUCUAAUGAAGCUGCUGUUGUGAAACUGAGAAAAAACUUUGCCCCGGAAUAGCACUUUAAUAGUCAAGAAAUGUGUUUACCUGUCUGAUUCAGAGAGCCUUUUGGUGAGCUCAGCUGAGGUGUGGAGGGAAAUAGGAAAAGGUUAAAUAUACCCACACCACCCAUGAAAAUCACUAUUUAUGUUUAAGUUACAUCAUCCUCCAAACAAAGACUGAUUCUUUACCUGGAAAUUGUAUUGCUUCCAAAGACAGAGGAGUCAAUGAAUUCCUGUAGGUUGUACAAUACUGGCUUUCAAACAGGCUUGCAGGGACCACAUGCUGUUGGAUGACUCGGACACUUGAUUUUGAAGUCAUAUAACCAGGUCCACCUUUGUGAACUGCAUAGCUGACUUGGCUGUCCUUAAAGGGGAGAGGGAAAGUUUGGGUAAUAGCAAAGGGAACUGUGCCAUCAAGUUUCAUGCCAAAAUCAUUGAAUAAUUAUUCAGUCCUGCAAGAAAGUAGUUAUAUGUGAGGUGCAUCAUGUUAUGGAAAGAAGAAAAAGUCAGUCAAAGGCUUAAUACCUUCCCCGACUGUGCCAAUAUCCAGCUGCCUGGCUUUGGGCAAGUCUGGGCGUCAAGUUCCUUAUCUGUAGAAGGGGCAGAGGAGAUGAACUCUGAACACCACUGAAAUGGUCUCACUCUGUUACAGAACCAAACUAAUCCUCACUCCUUUUCACAAUCACGUUAAAGACUUUUGCUUUGAUCUCUCGGUCCACCUAACAUUUUCACGCUUCAUUACUUAAAUAAGAUUGUUGGUUUUGAGAAAUUGUAGCAUUUUAAACAAAUUGUGGAUCUUCUCCUUCCAAAAAAGCCAUUAGGACCACAUCUGCAAUUGAGAUUUAGUACUGGUGAGAAUGAGUCAUGUUACUUCAUUUUCUCUGAUAUGCAAAGGAGACAGUAACCUUAAACUUAUAAGGGCCUUCGAAAGCCACAUCAAGUGGUGGGGUUAUGAUGUCUAAGAUUGCAUGGGCCACACUGGUGAUGAGAGCAGACCCAGAUGUUUACUCCUCACCCUGUUGCCGUCUGGACAACUCCCUUUUCUGGAGUUUAAUCUUUUUCAUCUGUAAAAUAUGCAGGUAGCACCCAAGAGUCUACAGGAUCCCUUCUAGUUCAAACAUGUGUAGUUUUACAGAAAGUUUGCGUCUUCCAGGAUAACCAACCCCCACUGCAUGAGACAAGCAAAAACGGGUCCUUGAUAUUGGAUGCUUUUGCCAUCCCAGCUUUACAACAAACAUCAUCUGGCUCUGUAAUGGAGGGCAGUGGGCUUCUCUUGAAACCUGGCUUUGAUUUGUUGAUUUAUAGAUUAACUGUUGUGGAAGCUGAUAGGACCUAGUCAUGGAGUUUGAUCAGGCAUCCCUUGGAAAGGACUGAACUGUUGACUUCUAGAUAGAAGUGCUUUGGGCAGUCACAUAAAGAAAUCAGUAGUGAGAAAUUCAGAGAAAUCAUGACUCCUGUUCAGGCUCUCUGGACUAGCAUUGCAUGUUUUGGGGUUGCAGAAAAGUUUUAACUCCAGCUCUUAGAAUAUAAAAAUUUUCCAGUUGUCAUGAAGGUCCGCAGAUGCUUUACCACGGGUUUAUGUGCCCAAAGCAAUCACAGGGGACUCGAGUUCAUUUUGUGAUAUGGUAUGAAUGUUACUCCGUUCUAUUCAGUUCUCAUUCCACCCAAACUCACGUGCAGGUUUCCACAUGGAAGCAGCGGGAGAAGGCAUCCAUUCCACCUAGACAUUGAAGAGUGGUAAGAAGCUAAAAGUGGGCAGAUUUUUAGUGGAGCAAGAGCAGACAGACGCGGCCAAAGAAUGUUUCCCAAUUGGUUUUGCUGCUUUAGACUGCAGUGGGGAGAGAGUAUAUAGAUUUUCAAAACUUUCUCCCUCUUUAAGGCAUCAGAAUGCUCUCGAUUUUGAUAAUAGCCGACAUAAAGGGAGGUUGACUUAAAACGAAUUUUUCUUUCCAAAAAUGCUACACUCUUCCUAUCCAUCCCGCAGCUGCUUUAUGAAAGAAGAGAGGCCCUCUUGCUAGAAUAUGAAAUGCAGAAGACCUCAUGACUUUCAGCUGAUUUUUCAAAGAUAAAGUGAACUGUUCAGCUUCAUAGAAAUUCACGUGUGUGACUGAACGUGUGUGUGUACACACUCGUGCACAUUGGACUCACUUGGGCAGUUUUAAAAGCUUGACACUAAAUCCAAAGCCUCGUCCUUUGGGUCUUAUGUAGUCAUUCUUAAAAUCCAUUUCUGGCUUCUGAGUCAUCCUGGUCAUAUCUCUAGCAAUGUUUUUCUUAAAAUUCUGAAAAUGAUUCACAUAUGUGUAUAUUGAAUUCAUUUAAAUGAUCUGUAAACUUGGAUGGUAUUUAUUCUAAAUAGGAAAACCAAUUUUAUAUGCAAAAUCUCUGUAAUUUAUAAUGGUUUUGUUUUAUAUAUUAUAUUUUCAUAUCUUUAGGGCACAUCUACUAUCCUCAUCUUUUUGUAUACCAUACUUAGCAAAAAGAAAGACUAAUACUUGACUAAAAUCUCUAGGAACCAAAUGUGAUACAUGUGAUAUAUAACUUACAGAAGUCGCUCUAAAAAUCUCUGAAUGUCUUAUCCAUCCCAGGCAUUACUGUGCUGUGUCAUGAUGUCCAGAAUGAUUUGUCUUGAAUGCUUACGAGCAUUCCUUUUUCACUACUAAGGCUGGAAGACCUGACAUCUCACACAAUGGGGUUCUGGAAUUCCCCUUUCCUCCUUUAUCUGUUUUCAGUGUUUGUUUCCUUUUUAAUUGCACAAGUCUGUGUUGUCCAACCUUUGUUUGGAAGGGCAAAUAUGAGAUCACAAGAAAGCAAUGUGAUAGAAAGACUGGAUAAAUUUAUGGCUGUGUAAGUUAUUUUAACGAUUGGCAAGAUGUUUUAAGUCUAAUGCUUGGAUCUUUAUUUACUGGUGAUCUAGGAUCUACUCAGCUCUUUAGCACGUGAAGAAAAUGUCAGGUACAAAGGACAUUUCCAUGUUUUGAACAGCACGCUCUGAGCCCAGAGCAGCCAACACAAAUUGGCUUGACUGUAGAAACACCAUUUCCAGCUGCUGGAAGAAAUAAAUGGUUUAGAAAGGCAAACCAGAUACCUUUUUAUUCUGCCCUAGGAAAUACAGUGUUGUUCAGUGCUAAAACUCUUAAGUGGCGCUCCCUAUGGUUCUUUUAACUGGGGAUUUCCUUUCAGUGUUUCAUCUGGUACCCAAAUGGAGCAUUUACCUUGUAUUUCAGAUACUCUUGUUUUCUCAGCAUUGUUCAGAUACUUUGCUUUACCUCUCUUCACAUAUCCUUUUGGCAGUCACUUCAGCAAUUCUAUAAGUGUUUCUAUUCUUGGUUUUUAAAUCAAGUUACUAGUACUCUUUAAAUACCUACCAAAUCUCAUUGUAUAUUCACAUUCAUAUUUUGGGCAUCAAGAUACUGGUCAGUAAAAAAAAAAGUCCUUCAGUAUAUAACACAGUUUAUUUUCCUAAUGUUUUUUGGGGGGUUCUUCACUGAUCAACCAGGUUUGGGUUAACGAAUCAAUUGUGGGGGAAAAAUCAAAUAAAACAAUUGCUUAUUGUAUUUUCCAAAAGAUUUUGGAAAAUGCAUUUAUCUUUUAUUUAUCUUUUCUUCAAGAAUAUAUCAUAGGAUGAUAGUCUUUAACAGAUUUUUUAGAGAUGGAAUUUAUUAAAAAGUUAAUACUAAGAAUACCACAAUCAAAAUCGAAGCUAGAGAAUGUAAAAAUAGGAAGUAAAUAGUUCUAAGAAUAUUCUGGCAUAAAUUUUUUUAUUUAGCCAUUAAUAAAAACCUCCAAAUGUAUAUCUCAGACACCACAGAGCUGCUAACAGUGAGAGUCAAGGAAGAUGCUUGCACUUAGAUUUUGUUUGUUGUACUUCAAUAGUUCUGUAUGUCCUUUGUUAAAAUUGGAAAACGGAACAAUGUCUCUAUACAGAAAUGUCCAUCUGGUGAUUCUGUGAACUGUAAAAUGUUCACUUUUUAAAAAUAAAGAUGUAAACAAAUGAUUCAUAUAUAAGUUGAUAUAACAGUAGCAAAAACAGAAAACCAUGUGAUCCAUCCUGUAUUUUGAUUGAUGCUUUAAUAAAGGGUUUGCACAGGUGUGUGGAA